AUAUAAUGCAUUUGUUUACGCCGGGAUUUGGCUUCACGUAACGAAUGGAAACGCAGCUCGCAGUGUGCGAAUUUUUGCAGACUCCAUUUGUAUACUUGAUUUCGACUUUAUUUUGCUGUAAACGACUUAUUUUUUCCAACUAAAAGCUAAAAAUGAGGAAAUGAAUAUCAACGUGGCAAAAAGUUGGUUUUCGGAUUGAAAUAAUUUGAAGUGUGAACGUCUUUGGAGAAUUAAUACCACCAGAACAAACAACUUCACCACCAACAAUUUGAUAUGUCGAAAAACUCCAAGACGGCCCGCGCGAAAAGCGGUGGAUCAAUUCGUCCACUUGGUGCAUUGCGUUUAGCACAAGGUGCAACAUCCCAACAUAAUGCUCCGACAAGAAAUGAUCCUGCUUUACACAUUAACCAGCUCCACACGUUAAGACCUGCAUCACCCAGUAACAACAAUCAAUUAAUCAAGGAAAAAGAAAGAGAAUUUAAGAUGUUGUACGACAGCUACGUUAUGAUGCAGCAAGAUUUGAGAGAUCAGAAAAGAAGAUUUAGAAAAGUUGAGGCAAAAGAACAAAAACUGAAAGAUCGCAUUUCUGCAUUGGAGAAAUUAAUCGCCGAAUUGAGAUUUGAAUUGAAAACAAAAUCGGAGAUCUGUGAAGCUCUCAAAAAGACACUUGAGACAAAGAUCAAAUACUAUGAAGAAAAAUUAGCAGAGAAGGAUGCAGAACAAAUUGAAACGAAACAAAAACUUGUAACGGCAGAAGCUGAUAUAUUAGCAAAACAAGAUCGAAUAGACUCUCUUAUUGAACAGUAUGAAAAACAAAUCAAGGAUUUGAAAGAGGAGCAUGAGAGAAAAUUGAAAGAGCUGGAAGAGAAAAGUGAAGCUGAAAUCAAAGAAAGAGAUGGAAAGUUGCUCAUUCUUAAACAAAGGAUGGCAGAGACAAUUGGAAAAAAUUCAAGUGAAAGACAACAACAACUUGAAGAAUUGAAAAAGGAUUUAAUUAAAACAUCACAAGAAGCUAGGGAACUUCAUAAACAGUUGAAACACUUACAGUUACACCCACCAAAGUGCUCCAAUUGUGCAAUACUUACUGAAAAAUUAGAAGAGAAAUCAUUGCAACUAAGGCUCAAAGAAAAAACUAUAACAGAUCUACAAAAUAUUGGAAAAUCAAUGCAACUACAACUUGGGCAACAGCACAGGGCUUUAGUCUUGCGAGAGGAAAGGUCACACGAAAAGCACAGGGCAAUGUGUAUAAGAGCAGGAGUAAAGCCAGGAAUAAGGAAAGCAACUUCAAGUCCAGGGUCAAAGGUAGCAUCAGUAAAUGCAACGUAUAACAGAUGGAGAGUAAACAGUGCAGAGCUGACAACAAGAAAGGACAUGAUAUUAACAAAGUGGGAAGAGAGAGAAAAAAGAGAAUCCCAGUUUUAAAGCAUUGCUAAACUUGCAUUAUUCAUACAUUAUUAUAUUGACCGUGAUCUGUCAUUACCUAUUUAUGUUCAAUUAUUUUUCAUAUAUAUUAUUUGUAUAUACCUUUUGACAUAUAACUUAUUUACACUGUGUGAAAGUGGAACAUAAGUGCCAAAUGAAUACUCCCAUAAUAACAUUUGAGUUCAAUUUUAAUAAAUAUUAAAACAAUACAAAAAGUUUGAACAACAUAUUAGAAUGGCUAAUUUGCACAAAAAUACCACACACACACACAGAACACUGGCCAAUAGGAAAUGCACAAUCUAAUUUCAUGACAACCGUUCCUACAUCGCCGCUUAGACUUGCAAUGUUGUGCAAUAAGUUAUGGGCGACUCUGUGGUUAUCCAAAUAUUUUCUAUAACUUACGCUGAUGCGUUGUAUUAUCAAAGAACAAAUUUAUUGUAAAUAAAUAAUAGGCUGGUUAACGAAAUGAUAUUCAAGAUCCUACAUUUAAUUACGCUUUAUUAAACAGUGUAACUUGAUUUCAUAGAAGCUUUACCUUUGUAGG